AUGUCUGGCUCUGAUCCAUCUUCUCCCAACUCUCCAGUGCAUGACAACAUCUCUUCCCAAAACAAUGAAACUCUGAUCAAUUCUUCAGCACUUCCUAGAACUCUAGACCCUUAUAUCAUUCAUCCCAGUGAUAACCCUGCAACUGUGCUAUCCUAUCCUCUUUUACAAGGAGACAACUACGGUUCCUGGGUUAGGGGAAUCAUCAAGUCUCUGAAUGCCAAGGGCAAGCUUGGUUUCGUUGAUGGAUCCCUUCCUCCUCCAACAGAUCCGUUGCAGUUUCAAUGCUGGAAGAGAUGUGAUGAUCUCGUGGGAAGUUGGCUUCUAAAAUCUUGUCAACCAGAUAUCAGGGCUAGCUGCCUGUAUGCUGCCAACUCUCAUGCUAUCUUGAAAGAUCUGCAAAUCAGGUUUUGUGUCUCCAAUGCCCCUAUUCUGUUUCGUUUAAAAUCUUCAAUUGCUUCAAUCAAACAGGAAUCAAUGCAUGUGUCUCUUUACUAUACCAAAAUAAAAACUCUUUGGGAUCAAUAUGACUCCCUGGUUGCUUCUACGGAAGCAUGUAUAUGUGGUGCUGGCAAGCACAUGCUUGAAAGACUCGAAAGAGAGCGUGCCAUGGAGUUUCUGCAGGGAUUACACGACAGGUUUUCCAACCUUCGUAGUCAGAUACUCACUAUGGAUCCCUUCCCAAGUGCAAUUCGUAUCUUCAAUCUUGUUCAGCAGGAGGAGGAACAGCAGCAUUUAACCCAUACUCCUCUGCCAACUGUUGAUGCUGCUGCUCUUGCUUCGACUCGAAAUUUCCAGUCCAUCUAUCGUCCGCCAUCCAAUCAGAAAAAGCGUCAGCGUCCCUUUUGCGACUAUUGUAACAGACUAGGCCAUGUUCGAGACAAUUUCUACAGGCUCCAUGCUUUUCCCCCUGCCAACAGUUCUCAACAGCAGCCUUUGGCUAAUGCAAAUCUGCACAUGACUGCUGCUGCUGCAGCUCUGUCAACUGACCCAUCUGCUGCACCACACGCUCUUCCCUCCCUGUCUGGCGAUCAGUAUGCUCUCCUUUUGGCCUUGAUCAACCCUGCACCAGACUCUGCACAACCUGAUGCUCGUGCCAAUUUUGCAGGACCGUGUAACGAAAGCAGUGAUUGGUCAGGCUGAUUUUAUCUCUGGCUUGUAUCAUCUCCAAGCCCAUCCGCACCAGUCAUUCAAUAGAGUCUUAUGUAAUAAAACAACUGCCGAUGUUUGGUACUACAGACUAGGUCAUCCUAGUUUUGAUCGUUUUAAAUUUCUUUGUCGUACUUUUGAUUACAUUAAAUCUAGUUCUACUCCCUUUUGUGAUGUCUGUCCAUUGGCUAAACAAAGCCGUUUGUCUUUUAAUAAAACUUCAGCGUCUUCAAAACGUUGUUCUGAACUUGUUCAUUGUGAUA